AUGAGAAUAACUAAACUAGCCAAACAAGUUUUGCUACUUCUCGCCAUUACCUUUACUACUCAACUAAUACAGGGUAUUAGGACAGAAGAUUUGGUGUCUCACAAGUCCUCUCAAACCUUUACAGAACAAAGUUUAAAGGGUAGCAAUGUGGCAAUGAGAAUGAUGAAUUCUAGGAGAUUAAUGAUUGGAUCCAUAACACCAACCUGCACUUACAAUGAAUGUAGAGGAUGUAAGUACAACUGUAGGGCGGAGCAGGUACCUGUAGUGGGAAAUGAUCCGGUCAAUAGUCCAUACCACUACAGAUGUGUUUGUCAUAGAGGAUAG